AUGGCAUACCGAUUACAGAAUCAGUCUUACCAUCAUGAAGACUCAGAGGCUCUUGAGAGGACACAGCAAUGGACACAAGGCAACACCAUAGGAUCAGUUUCAUCUGAUUUGAGGAUUGUUCUGGUGGGUAAAACUGGAUCAGGAAAGAGUUCAGCAGGAAACACUAUACUGGGUCGAGGAUGUUUUGAGACAGACGUUUCACCCGAGUCAGUUACUAAAACCUGUGAAAGAGGAGAAGUAGAGAUGGAUGGAAGGAGCAUCUCAGUCAUCGACACUCCAGGACUGUUUGAUACAACAAUGACAGAAGAGAACAUGAAGGAGGAAAUAGUGAGAUGUGUUGAAAUGUCUGUACCUGGCCCUCAUGUGUUCCUGCUGGUCAUCAGACUGGGUGUGAGAUUCACCACUGAUGAGAAAAACACAGUGAGAUGGAUUCAGGAGAACUUUGGAGAAGAUGCUUCUCGCUAUUUCAUCGUUCUGUUCACUCACGCUGAUGCACUGAAGAAAAAAGAAUUAGAGGUGUAUGUCAAUGAAAGUGAUUAUCUGCAGGCUCGUGUUAAUGAAUGUGGUGGCAGAUCUCACUCAUUCAACAAUGAAGACAUGGACUGCUCUCAGGUCACUGAACUGCUGGAGAAGAUUGAGAAGAUGGUGAAGGUGAAUAGAGGACAGCACUACACUAAUGAGAUGUAUGAGGAAGCUCAGAGAAAGCUAAUCAGAAAACAGUUCUGGUUAGAGAAACCUAGGAUUGUUCUGCUGGGUAAAACUGGGUCAGGGAAGACAAAAACAAGGGACACCAUUGUGGGCCGAGGGAGGAGAAAUGCACCAGAGUCUACUGAAUCCUGUGAACAAGAAGAUGUGGAUGGAAAGACCAUGAAAAUAAUCGACACUCCAGGGCUGAUUUACAUGUCAGAGAAUGAAGAUGAGAAAAUUAAGCAUGAAAUUAAGACUCUGGUCUUAAUGUCUGAUCCUGGUCCUCUUGUGUUUCUGCUGGUCAUCAAACUGGCUUUGAGAUUCUCAGAUGAGGAACACAAAAACAAAAAAUGGAUUCAGGAGAACUUUGGUGAAGAUGCUACAUGUUACACCAUCGUUCUCUUCACUCACGCUUAUGCACUGAGGAAGAAACAAUUAUAUGACAAUAUCAGAGAAACUCCAGGUUUUCAAGAAUUUACUAAUAAUUUUGGUGGAUUUCACUCAUUUGAUAAAGAAGACAACAAGAAUUCCUUUCAAGUCAAUGAACUGCUGAAUAAGAUUGAAAAGUUGAUGGAGGAGAAUGAAUGGAGGCACUACACAACUGAGAUGCUCCGGAAGGCUCAGAGGAAGAAACAGUUCUGGUCUGGGAAACCGAAGGUUAUGCUUCUGGGUAAAACUGGAUCAGGAAAGAGUUCAACAGGAAUCACCAUUUUGGGAAGAAAUUCAUCAAAUUUCGUUACAUCCUGUAAACUGGAUGGAAAGGACAUAAGAAUAAUUGACACUCCAGGGAUGUUUGAUGUGUCUGUGACUAACAACGAACUGAUGGCUAAGAUUAAGGAGUGUGUGUCUGCUCCUGGUCCUCGUGUGUUUCUGCUGGUCAUCAAACUGGAUGUGAAUUACACAGACGAGGAGAAACACACAGUGAAAUGGAUUCAGGAGAACUUUGGAGAAGAAGCUACUCGUUACACCAUCGUUCUGUUCACUCACGCUGAUCAUCUGAAGGGUAAACCUUUGGAUGAGUAUAUCAGAGAAAGUAAUGAUCUGCAGGUUCUUGUUAAUGAAUGUGGUGGCAGAUUUCACUCAUUCAACAAUAAGGUCAUUAAGGACCGUUCUCAGGUCGCUGGACUGCUUGAGAAAAUUAAUGACAUAGCAGAGGGAAAUGACUGGAAGGACUGCACAGAUGAGAGAACUCCAGACAAACAACAAGUUAACUUUUCAAUAAGACCUGGAAGAUUACAAACCAUAGCAUGUGUCGUGCUGGGAGUGAUACUAGUUAAAAGAGGACGUGUGGAUUUUGUUAAAGCAUUUGUAGAGGUAGUUGCUAGUGGAAUAGCAAUCUAUAAAAGAUUUGUUUAA